AUGGCGUCGUCUAUCGCUGGCAAAGUUUUUGUUAUUACAGGAAGUGCGUCUGGAAUGGGGUUAGCAACAGCAAGAACACUGAUAGACCGUGGCGCACUCUUGGGUCUGUGUGAUAUAAACCAAGAUGGUCUGUCGAAGCUUGUCCAUGAGCUGGAUGAAGAACAAAAGGCCAGAUUGAUUACGCAUGUUGUCGAUAUCACAAAUCGUUCAGCUGUUGCAUCAUUUCUGCAUUUGACGAAAGAGAAAUUUGGUAAAAUUGAUGGGAUUGCGAACCUCGCUGGAACUGCGGGUCACAAGCUUGGACAUCACGAAAUUUGGGAGAUUGAUGAGGCAGAAUACGACUUCAUCAUGGCCGUCAAUGUUAAAGGUGUCUUCAACGUUCUCAGCGAGGCACUCAAGCCAGGAUUUCUGCAAGAGCCCGGAAGCAUUGUUCAUGCAGCGAGCAUGUUCGCCGACCGGGGGUUUUCCAAAGGAUCGGUAUAUAGUGCCAGCAAACAUGCGGGGGUAGGUAUGGUCAAGAGCGCUGCGCUCGAGGCAGCGAAAAGGGGGAUCCGAGUCAACGUUGUUAUGCCUGGCCCUAUCGAUACUCCCAUGCUUCGUGCAAACGAAGAAAGUGGUGCCGAGGGAACCGCGCCAGUCGUACCGCUGGGGCGACUUGGAGAGGCGUUAGAAGUUGCGAAUGUCGUCUCUUUUCUUUUGAGUGACGAGGCUAGUUAUGUUACUGGGGUGACCUGGGCUGUUGAUGGAGGAGCGAAUGCUUGA